AUGCCUUCCAGGCAUGAUGUUGAUAUACGCACCAUUUGUUAUUUACCACAUCAUGGUGUAAAGAAAGAAAGCAGCUCUACAACUGAAUUACGUGUUGUAUUUAAUGGAUCUCAACUCAUAGACAAAAAUAAAUCAUUAAAUGACCUAUUGUAUGAUGGUCCAUGUCUGCUCAAUAAUCUGAGUGAUGUGAUAACUCGGUGGAGACGGUAUAAAAUUGUCUUUUCAGCAGAUGUUGAAAAGAUGUACCGUCAAAUAUUCAUUCACGAAGACGACCAAGAAAAACAAAGAAUUCUGUGGCGUCCAACUCCAACUGAACAAAUCAAAAGUUACACAUUAAAGACUGUAACAUAUGGCUUAAAACCAGCUCCAUUUUUAGCAUUGGCAACUCUUCGACAGCUCGAAAAGGAUGAAGGUAUAAAUUAUCCUUUAACCAGCUCAGUGAUAUCACAAGAAUCAUACGUUGAUGAUAUUUUUUCUGGUGCCAAUACACCAUUAGAGUGUAUGGAAAAAAUUGAACAGUUACGUGCACUGUUCAAGGCCGGAGGAUUUCCAUUAAAAAAGUGGUUAUCAAAUAAUGAUACUAUUCUCAGUGUAGUACCACCUGAGGAUAGAGAGCAAUCGUCAACAUUGAAUAUACAAGAUGUUGAAGUAUUCAAACAACUCGGUGUACAAUGGCAUCGUAAAGAUGAUACAUUUACAUUCAGCUCACCAUCAGUCUCGAAUAAUACACGUCUCAAUGCAACAAAGCGAGAAGUGUUGUCAAAAGUUGCACAACUGUUUGAUCCAUUAGGUUGGAUCACACCAGUCAUUGUUACUGGAAAAAUAUUCCUUCAAAAAUUAUGGAAUAAACGUGUUGACUGGGAUGAGCAGCUUGACAAUGAAUUACAACUCGAAUGGCAGACAUACUGCAAACACUUACAAGACGUUAAUUGUCUAAAAAUACCAAGAUGGUUACACACAGCUCCAGAUAACUUAUCAGUAGAAAUUCAUGGUUUCUCUGAUGCCUCCAAUGUCGCUCUUGGUGCAGCUGUUUAUUUAAGAGUUAAACAACAUAACAACAUAAUAAUGUCAACACUCGUGUUAGCCAAAUCCAAGGUAGCACCAUUACAACACCAAAACAACUCAAAGAACAAAAAGAUUCGAAUUACAACUCCACGUCUUGAAUUAUCUGCAGCUGUCUUAUUGGUACAGAGUAUAAAACAAAUCCAGCUCAGUCUUCAACUCAAUAAUAUACCAGUACACCUGUGGACAGAUUCAACAAUUGUUUAUUAUUGGAUACAAAAUGAUCCUGAUAAAUUUAAACAAUUUGUCAGCAAUCGACUCAAAUUAAUCAAGAACUCAUUCAACUCUGAAACAACUCCUGUUAAAUGGCAUCAUGUACCUGGUCAUGAUAACCCAGCAGAUCUGGCAUCAAGAGGUUUGCAGCCAAAACAAUUAUCAACCAAUUUAUUAUGGUGGCAUGGUCCACAGUGGCUUUGUCAAGAACAAGACAUGUGGCCCACACUACAAGCAACUCACUGUGAUAAAACAAUCGACAUUGAAAUCAAACCUGUGCUAACAGCAUCAGUCACGACUCAGCAAGAUACAGACAACAUCCUUGAACAACUCCUUGUAAAACACUCAUCAUUAAGUAAAAUGGUGAGAGUAUGUGCUUGGUGUCUUAAGUUUUUACAUAAGACAAAAAUGACUCCAUCAACUCCAAAAGAAUUGGUAAUUACAACGGAAGAAUAUGAUACGACGUUAUUAUAUUUUAUCAAACAUACACAACAUCAAUAUUUCUCACAUGAAAUAUCAGCAUUAAAAAAUCAUGAACAAUUACCAAAGUCAAGCUCAUUGAUACGAUUGACACCAUAUUUAGAUAAAGAAGGUGUAUUAAGAGUUGGCAGCAGGUUAAAUAAUCCAAAUUUAACACAGUCAGCUACUCAUCUAAUUAUAUUGCCAAUUAAGUCAAAAUUGACAAGAUUAAUAUUGGAAUCAACUCAUAAAUUCACGUUACAUGAAUCACCACAACUCAUGUUAGCAACAGCUCGACAAAAGUAUUAG